GCUGCUUCUUGUAAGAUUAAGCAAGAUAUGGAGUUAUGUAUUGACGCUAAUAUCGUUUCUUUGUUGAGAGGAAAAAAGCCUUCGAAAUCACCAUUCACUCUAACAGUAACCCCAAACAUAUGGAAUGUCUUGGAAACCGAGGAAAACAUUAUUAAUGAGGCCGUGAGAUCCAUUACCAUUCCAGAAUUUGACGGUCAGCAAGAUUUGGUAAAAUACCGUAUAUGGGAUGGCCGACUUGAUUAUUUCUGUGUGCCAAAGACGGGCGCAUCUUUCCAGGACAUGAGCAAUGGUGUACGAGUCAACUUGAGAGGUGUACAGUUUCGAGCCAUUGUCAAGGGUAGGGUGGAGUUGGGUAAGAAAGUCUUUGGAAAAUGGGUACAAAUAGCUCGAAUGAGCGGAGAUAUUAAAGCAACUUGCGAAAAUGCUGAUGUGGACAUUACCCUUGUCUGGAAUGACUUCACAUUCACGCCCACAGUGACCGUUAAUUCAGACUUCCACAUAGAGUUCACACACCAUCUGAGAAAUCUGGACUUCCUCAGGGGAGAGAUACAGAAGAGGGUUAGAAAUAAGGUCAAUAGUGAAGUACCGCAAAAGAUUGCCGAAGUAAUUGAAAACAAAGUCAAUCCACGCUUACAGAAAUUCAAGGAGAAAAUGAUUGCUAAAGGUUACAGUGACUACGAUAUCGAAUGGAAUGUGGAGAACAACGCCCUUCAAGUCUGCAUCAAACCUAAGUGACACCAGAAUAUAGUAUUUAUGCUAUGCGUUUCCUGUAUUUUUCUGUGUAUAUUUACGUUAGAAAAUGUAACAUUCAUUAUGUUUCUCAUAUGUAAAAAUGAG